AUGUUGGAUUUUGUCAUUUUUGCCGUGACGUUUGCUGUUGCUCUUAUUGUCGCUAUUAUUUAUCUUUAUCCGAGUUCAAAACGUACAACAACAAUCCCAGGCCUUGAUCCAUCUUCCAAACAAGAUGGAAACUUGGCUGAUAUUACACGUGCUGGCAGUCUUCAUGAAUUCCUACUCAGUCUUCACCAGCAAUAUGGCUCUAUUGCAUCUUUUUGGAUGGGAAACACACAGAUUGUCAGUUUAGCUUCUCCACAACUGAUAGAAGCCAAUAAAAAAGUGUUUGAUCGAUCUAGUGAACUGUAUGUUUUGUUUGAAUCACUUCUUGGUUCUCAAAAUCUUUUGUAUGCUAGUGGAGAUGAAGGCCGGCAAAGGAGGAGCAAUUUUGUGAAUGCCUUCAAUGAUGAAAUGAUUGCUGUACAUUGCACCAAAUUAGGAAAGAUUAGUGAUGAACUAUUGACUAAAUGGUCAGCAAUGAGUGAGCAACACAUUCCAGUUGAAGAACACAUGAUGGCACUGGCCAUGAGAUUCCAGUUAUUUAAAACUCUGGGAAAUUAUUUUGAGGACAAUGUGGAAAUACUGAAGCUGCGCAGGAACUUUGACACAUGCUGGAAUGAAUUUGAGAAACUUCUUCAAGACCUUGCAGAACCAGAAAGCCAUCGAUAUCAGGCUUUCAGUGAUGCUCAAGCUGCCAUUGAAACAAUCCUGGCAAAAGCUGUGCAAGAUCAUCCAACAGAUGAACAAAUUAUCACUGACUGUUUUCUUACACUUCUCUUUGAUUUUCAUACUCUUGGUGGCUUGCUGACUUGGGCCCUGUAUUUCCUUGCUACUCACGGUGACAUACAGACUAAACUUGCCAAAGAGAUACAAACUCUACCGGAAGGAGAGCCAACUCUAGAGGAUCUAAGGAAAUUAAAAUUCCUUAAACAAGUUUUGAAUGAAACUUACCGUUGUGCAGUUUUGAAUCAGUGGUCAGCCACAUCUCAAACUUUUGACACUGAAAUUGGUGGUCACAAGAUUCCUAAAAAUACCCCAAUCAUAAAUGCUGUUGGUGUUUUAAUGCAAGAUGAAAAAUACUGCCCUCUUCCAACCCAAUUUGAUCCAAAUCGUUUCAGUGAUGAAGCUCUCAAGUCAUCAUCUUCUCCAACUGCAUUUCAGCCUUUUGCAUUUGCUGAUAAACGCACACGUUUGGCCAGUGACCGGAUCCAGCUCUAUGCCAGCAUUCAUUUAGUUUAUGUCCUUCGUAAAUUCCGUCUUAGCUUGGUCAAAGGCCAAGUCGUCACACCAGUUUAUGGACUUGUUACUCAUCCAGAUGAUGAGAUUUGGAUUACAGCUGCAAAACUUCACAAAUCAUGA